GCGCGCGCGUUGUGCUUGCUGUAACACUGUGGCUGUGGCUGUGCCCGUGUGUGUAUGUGCAUGUGUUUGUGUGAGAAUUUUAUUCGUCAAUGUUGUCGCUUAGAAGGACAGAGCAAGACAAACGAAAUGCGAUAGAGAAGGAUAGACGGAAGGCAUACUCGAGUCGAUUGCUCAUAGCGUUCAUUGAUGCCUCAACAAGAUGGUUUGUGUGCAGUGAGUCAGCAUACGAAUUGUUCAUAUACGUGUUCGUAUUUACGGUUUACAUCGACCGAAAGCACGCACACACAUAAACGUUGAUCACAACCAACACAGACACACACACAGUGGCAACACACAACAGCAAUAGUAGUAGCAGCAGCAACAGCAAUGUCGACCGAGCCAGCGUAUACAUAGUAUUCUCUCUCUCUCAAAAAGAUAUUGUUUCGAAAAAAAGAAAAAUCAGUAAUAAAAAAAAGUUGUGUGUGUUCCAGAAGACCAAGUGCGGAAAAAAAUUUACAUUUUUUUUUCUCUCGAUUUGUUGAAAGUGCAAGAGAACGAAAAUAAAAUUUGUUAAAUAGUUGUGAAUCGAUUCGAAAACAGUUCGUCGAAAUCGAAACGGGGCAAAACACGAAUUUUCGAUCCCGUGUUGAGAACCAAGUUGUCGGAAAAAAAUUUCUUCGUUUUUUUCUUUCCUUUUUUUUGUUUUUUUUUUUCGGUUUAACAGUGUAUGUGUAGCAAGGCGACAUAACCAGCCCAAAAUUUCAACUUGGACUGGUAGAACAAACGUGAUCGUUUCAUAGAAUUAUACUACACUGAACUACCACACACCGAAGGGGUGAUCCAACCGAGUACAGUUAAAUAGCGGAAGUGCAUAGCAAAAGUGCACGAAAGAGUAGCAGCAACAGCAGAAGCGAGAUACAGUCAAAGUCAGUCCGAUCAUCAGAAUUGUGUUGAAGCGCCGAAACAAGCGACAACCUACAACAAAAUGCGUGAAUACAAAAUUGUCGUCCUGGGCAGUGGUGGUGUUGGCAAAUCUGCGCUCACAGUGCAAUUUGUCCAAGGAAUUUUCGUAGAAAAAUACGAUCCAACCAUCGAAGACAGCUAUCGGAAGCAAGUCGAAGUUGAUGGACAACAAUGUAUGCUCGAGAUACUGGAUACAGCUGGCACGGAACAAUUCACAGCAAUGCGUGACUUGUACAUGAAAAAUGGCCAGGGAUUUGUUUUAGUGUAUUCAAUUACCGCACAAUCAACAUUUAACGAUUUGCAAGAUCUAAGGGAACAAAUAUUGCGUGUCAAAGAUACCGAUGAUGUGCCGAUGGUACUGGUAGGCAACAAAUGCGACUUAGAAGAAGAACGAGUGGUUGGAAAGGAUUUGGGAAAAGGUUUAGCCAAUCAAUUCAAUUGUGCUUUUAUGGAAACAUCAGCCAAAGCUAAAAUUAAUGUUAACGAUAUAUUUUAUGACUUAGUGAGACAAAUAAAUAAGAAAUCACCAGAAAAGAAGCAAAAGCAGAAGAAAAAAUCGUUGUGUGUGCUUUUAUAAAUUAAUUGCUGCAAGACGAAACAAAAUGAAGUCACAUAUUAACCAUCAGCUACAACAAAACAAACAAACACACACACACAAAAACAAACACAUACAUAUACAUAAAUAAAAUCUCAUUCAGAAAAAAAAGUCUACACACAAAUAAUUAAAAGAAAGAAAAGAAAAGAAAAAAUCAAGCAACAAAUGAAUAAAACCGAUCAUAAAUGCAAAACAAGUACGAUUUUGAGUGGAACAAAAUUCUAAAAGGGAAUAAUUCAAUCCAAAUGGAUUCAAACUGUAAAGCCAAUCACAACAAGAGGAGAAUAAAACAACAAGAAUAACAAAGAGAACACAACAAAUGAUUUAAGCAAAUAAAAUAAAAUUGAAAGAGAUAAGCGGGAGAGAAAGAGAGAGAACCAAUUUAUGGAAAGGAGAAACAAUGUGAAAUUGAUUUUAUGAAUAGAAGUAUAUUGUAAUUAUGUGUAGUAAAUGAAAGCACACUACUCAAUCAAAUCAUAGAAGCAACAAACAAAAACAAAAAACGCGGAAAAAAAACAAAAGAUUAAGAAAAAAAGGAUGUCAUAAUCUCAGUGUGUAAAUUCGAACAAUCUACAAGCGCUUGCAAUGCUGCAAAUAGAAAAUAAUUUUUGUUGAUUCAACGAAAUACCGUCAAAAAGUAUUGCGCCUUCAUUUCAUAUUCAAUAUUAUGCAGAGACACAAAGAAACAAUGAUUCCAUGAUUCGUUUUUGAUUUUUUUCUACCGAAAUCAUAACAAACAUUUUUGCUCUCUGUGAAACGCUGAACCGACUUUUUCGACGAUUUUCGAUGCAUUUCGUUGUGAAUUUUCGAAGAAAUUGAAAGAGCGAAUUUCUGACCAAAUUGAAAAAGCGAAUAUUGAAUUUUCUUCACAAUUUUCCCGAUUUUUUGUUAAAUUCGUCGAAAAAUCAUAGAAAAUAUGAAAAAAAAAAUCUUCACCGAUUUUCCCCCAUUGCAUCAAAAGAUUUAGAAAUUGAAAAUGAAUUUAGGUUGUGUGCUUCAUCCCGAUUUGCACACUGUUGAAAGAAGAAAAAUAUCGCGCAACAUGCUUUUAUUGCUUUUUGUCCCAUGUUCAAGUCUUUUAUCGUCCACUUUUGCUAUUCAUUUCUUAAUUCUUUUCCUUUUUUUUUUAGUUACUUUUGAAAUUUGCUAAAAAUAAUGAAAAUUUUAUUCACAAAAAAGGAAAAAAAAAAACAAACAAACAAACAAACGAUUCCACAUUUUUUUUCAGACGGCAUCAAUGUGAUUGGCUAUAGUGCAAUUGUAAAACGCGCACAAUCAAUAUGCGAAUGCGUUCGAUGUUUUCACUCAUUUGUAUGUUUGCAUUUUAUGUAUAUGAAUCAUACAUUUUGAAGUAGCUCUUUUUUAUAUUCCAUUUCAUCCUCCUCCCCUCACACACUCCCAUGAAAACUAUAUAUCAUGACCACCAACACACACACACAACAACACAAAUGCAUUUGACAAAUAAUGAGACAAACAAAUGGGUUCCAAUAGAAUGAUUAAAACCAAAUUGGUAUGAGAAUGAGAGAUCCCCAAAAAAUUCAUUGAAGAAAACGAAAAGAAAAGAGAAAAAAAAGCGCGUUGAAUCCCUUCCCGUUCUUGUUUAUUAAAUGUUAAACGUUGAAAAAAAAAAAAUAAUAAUUUGAAAACAAAAACUCAAAUGAAAGAAAAAUUGUUUUACUCGUCGUAAAGUCUAAAUUGCCCUUAUUUUGUAUUCAAUGGUCAGUGUUUGACAUGGAAUUAAAACGCCGAGAAAUAUGAAGCAAAAAAAAAAUGAAAGAAAAAAAAACUUUUUACCAAAAUCGCCUUUCACUCACAACUCAAAUAUAAUUUACUUACUUUUUAAAGGAAAAAAAAUAUAAAAUUGAAAGAUAAAACAAAUUGUAAAAUGUUCGAAAUUAAUUUAGAUUUGUUCGUAGGACAUUCUUCUACUCAACAAAAUGAUAGAGAAAGAAAAAUGUCUACGACAACCAAUUUAUCGAUCUUUUUUUUUCUCCCGUUCUUCUUUUUUUUUUGUAAUGUUUUAAUGUUCAUAUAAAUAAUACAAGAAAGAAAAAAAAAAACUGUUAACUGAAUCCUUUUUUCAUUGAAUAUAAAAAAAAUAUGUAAUUCAUAGGUAUAUUAUAAAAAUAAACAGAUGAUAAAUAAUGAGAAUGAA